GCGCUCAGAGCAAAAACAAACUGCUAAUUUCGUUUUUAACAUGAUUUCCCACUCGAAUAAAAUGAAAUUAUCCAACCACAAGAUAUUUCAGGAUCUCAGUGAAAGUUUAAAGGAGAAUCCAAGUGGAAAGUUGCGUAAUUUGCUAGAAUUAAGAGACGAUGUGUUGUAUGUGUGGAAUUCAAUCGAGAACUGUUUAGCGACCUUAAACUUGAAGCAUUUGGAGGAACACGAUGAAGAGACACCUUAUCAGAAACUCUGCCUUCUCUCAGCGCCGCAGUACACAGUGGAACGCAUCACCACCAGCGGCUGCGGCAGUCGCGUCUGCGUGUGGGGCUCCCGAGGAGUCACCGUGGUGGAGCUGCCUUCCAGAUGGGGCAGAGGGGGCCUGUUCGAUGAUGGCAGUCAGACAGUGCUGUGCAAGAGUUUCUCUCUGGACGAGCGGUUCCUGUAUUCGCAGGGCGAAGUCCGCCGCGUGCAGUGGCACUCCAGCUCGCUGUCGCACUUAUGGGUCCUCGUCUCUGAUAACACCAUCAGGUUAUACAACAUCGGCCUAAAAUCCGGUCCGAAGCUUGUCAAGAUCUUCACCAUCGGACCUAAGCCUGCCGGUCUACUAGCAUCGCGACCUCUCCUGGACAGCUUGGGAGACACGGCUGUGGAUUUCACUACUACACCUGGAUCUGAUAGCAUUCUGAUUCUGAGGGGAAACGGAGACGUUUACAUGAUGGAGUGUGACUUGGAAGCUAAAACAUUGCAGCACAAACUGACCGGGCCGCUAGCAAUGUACCCUCCAGCAGAUGACAACUACGGCUCCGAGUCAUGUUCCAUCACAGCUCUGUCUAACAGUAAAGAUAUGCCACCGUUAGUUGUGGUGGCUACCUGUUCUGCACAACUGUACCACUGUCUUCUCUUACCCAAUGCCACAGAGAAGGAAGACAGCCACGCCCUCUACGUCGUGGAGGCAGUGGAGCUGAGCAUUGUUCUGAAUCCGGACGACAAUGUGGACAUGCAGUACUCAUACCCUGUGCAUCUGUACCCUUGUACGAACCACACCUAUGCAUGCAUGCACGCCGGGGGCGUCCACACCGUCACUAUUCCCGUGCUGAACCAGCUCAAGGACUACGCCUUAGCUGACGAGGCGGAGAGCGAAACGCAACUGUCGGCCAUUUUGUCUCGCACCAGCAUCGCCCGCCAUCUUGUGUGCACGGCGGGACCACGCGCUACGUUAAGACCACCCGCGGGGCUGGCGCUCACACCGCCUCCGCUCCCGGCUUUACUCGUACUGUGUACUGAUGCCACUGUACUGUCACGGACGUUGGAGCCGUAUGACUUGGAAGACCAGCUGUACAAAGAGUUGCAACUGCGGAACCCGGCUCUGGAACAAGACGACAUUAACAAUAUACUGAAAGAGAGGCAAAAGCUGUCGUUCACGGCUAUCAUUCAAGAAAUAUUGUCCAGAGACGUGUCGCAGCCGAUCCUCAACAUCAACAGCAACGAGGAACUGAGCCCUAAGGAGAUUCUAGAGUUCCUAACCGCUGCCACUCUGAAACUCCGCGGCGAGUAUAUGUCGCGGCAGCAGCGCGCCGCGGACGCCAUCGCUAGAAAACUGACGGCCUUACAGUCGCUCAGCAAGCAACACGACAAGUGGUACAAGGACUUGAAGAGAGACAUUGAAGACGUGACCCUGCAGUCAAUGGUGCUGAAAGAAAAGUCCCUCCUCGCCGAAAAACACCAGGAUGAUAUAAAAUACAGAUGUUCAGCAGUAAUACGGCAACUGCGCGCGUCCGCGCCCGCUACUGCGGCCGAGCGGGAACUGCUGGCCGAACUGGAACGGUACAAGCGGAGCGGGGAACAGAUCGCCGAACAGAUACAGCUACUCAAGAAACACGCCCGCAACAAGCAUGAUGAAUUCAACAAGUGGCAAGACGAAUACAAACGGAAGGACAUAGCUCUCGGCAAGUCCCACAGCGACACUAUCUCCUCGAUUCUGCAGCAACAAACUGGUAAAAUCUCCACUCUGAUUGAAGAAACUAAACUUCUCAAAGAUCAACUCAGUAUAGUGUAAUUUCUUA